AUGGCGGCUGCCAUUGAAGAGUGGAAUCUGCAUCGUAGGAUUGCACUGAGAAUCCUUAUGUUGGUGGGAGUCCAGCCGGCCAGGUAACCAAUGAAAUAAAUGAGCUUGUGCUCAACUUUGGGGCCAUCCAGAUGCCCUUUUCAUUGUCCAUUCAUGUUCAUUUGUCCUCAUGGUGCUGUUGGAGUGGUCGCAUGGCACCCCACAAAAUACUGUCUGCGUCUGCAAAGGUGUUGGGGCAGUCACACUACUUUAUUUCCAUUCAGUGCACAUCCUGUAACUUCCUGCUGAAACUGCAUAUUUUUUAUACCACAAAUUCUGGUUUAUUUUUAUUUACUUCUGCUGCACUAUAGCUUCUCUGAACAGCAAUUACGCGGUAGCGCUGGGGAAACACCGUAGAGCAAAUUAAAGCAGAAUAAAUCCACCACAAAUCACUAGGAUUGGGCCUGCCCAAAUUGGUAUUUUAUUGUGGGUGUCUUGCAGCAUGUUCUUGACACAAUAAUCAAGGCUUUUCCUGAAAUGGAGUUUUAAUGAGAAAGUUAGCUGGAGUGACAAUUUAAUGGUUAGCAAUCGAAGGCUGUCCUGAAGAACUGCUGCUGCCAAGAGGCUGUGUGUUGGAUUGCUUCUGCCCUUGGGGAUGCAAAAGAGACUGGCAUUCCAAUGGAAACUGAAAGGCCUUUUGCACAGGUUUGAGAGUUAUACCUUUCCUUCCUUGUGCUGUGUCCAAGCAUAGGGGAAGGAACUGUUAGAAUUCCUGUUCCAUGAUUGCAGUCAUGGGAUUUUUGUCUUUCACAUGACGGUAUAUGUUUUGUUUGUUUUUUAAAUAUUUUUACUGGAAUUUCAACAAAACAUUUUAUCAGAAAACAUACCAUCCUUAAUUCCCCCUAUUUCCCCCUCCCCCUCCAUAUAAAGUAACCCACCCACCCCUCCCCUCCUGACUUUCCUCAGCUCCUCUCUCUGGUUUAUCAAUAAAUGUUAUUCUCUGCAUGUUACAAAAUUGUAUAGAUCCUUAAUUUAUCUGACUAGCUUUUGUCAAUAAAAAGUUUGUGAUUGUUUAUUCAAAACCCACCAAGGAGACCAGUUCACUCAGAUAUGUUUUGACUCCACAGAGUGGGAAGUGAUGGAGACAGGAUAUUUGUGUUACUGUGUUCCGUGAAGUGGGACUAUUGUCCUUUGUUCCUUUUCUCUUUGCUGUCUGAUGCUAGAGAGAGAGGGAACCAUGUUGCAGUGUUCCAUGUGUGUUUAUAUGUAAAUAAAGUAGAUUAGCCAAAAUGCUGAGUUGCUGAGGUCUGUCACGCAAGGUGCACAAAUUCUGCGGAUCCCUAAGUGUGCUGGUGUCGGUUGGCAUCGGUCGCUAUGAUGUUCGGACUGAAGAAAGCUUUUGAAGCUCCCGAACGAUCGACCAGGAAUGAGAGAACAUGCCAGUCGGGCAUGUGGCUCUGCCAGGAUCCUACUUGAGUGUAGGCUGAACUCCUGACAGGAACAUGGAUUUUAGCAUUAGGGUAAAUUCCAAAUGAAGUGACUUCCCUUGGCCUCCAUGAGGUUUUUCUAGGUGGGGUCCACCGGACAGGAGUAGGUCAGUUGGGUAGAGCCAACCUCCAAGCAAUUGCAUCACAGUCACUUACUGGGAUGGUGUAAGGGUGGAGCAAAGAGGCUGUAAGGUUAGGAAGUCACAGGUGGACCUACACCAUCCCAACCUCUCUAGUGCCCUGCCCCACUCGCACACUCUUCAGGUAAGCAGGAGCAACAUUGCUGCCAGGAGGUUGGCUCCACGAUCCCAUCCUGGCGACCAGCUCUGCUGCAGGUCGUUGUGGGAGUGCAGUCAAAAGGCACCCAAAGCUGAUCUCUUCUGGAAUCACCCAAAGUUCAGGGAUUUGGAGGUUUCAAGAAUGGACAGGUGCUCUAAAAGAUGGUCAGACUGAAUGUCUCCCUUCAGGAUCUCAUAUGGGGAGAGGCUCAGUUGAAGAGCUUACUGAGUUCAGAGCUCCAAAACCACUUAUCAAAAGAGCAGGGUACUCAAAGAAGGAUGAUUUCCAUGUUUAUGAAAGAAAAGCAGCCGUCUAUUUUCUGCUUAACAGAAAAGGGUUAAGGAAUUUUAGAAGGUUGUUGGAUAGAAACUAAGUGGUUUCCAGCUGUAAUGCUUUAAGAGAAAUGAAAAAAGGUUUACAAAUGGGUAAAAGCGUAAUGGUAAGGAUUUGCUGAACUAACAAACUGAACUGGAAUACAAAAAAGGGAGGUACGAGGAGGUCCGAGGAAAUAAGUGUAAUCAAGAUAGGUUAUGGAAAACUAACGUGUUUUUAACUGUUUUUAUUUGUAUGUUUAUUUUUAUUUUUCAUUUCUUUGCUAUAUUUUAAAAACUUUAUUCUUUUUUCUGUAUUUUGUAUUUGCUUAUAUUUUUACUUUUUGCUUAAUUUUUGUAUUCCUUGAAACUUUAAUAAAUAUUAUUUAAAAAACAAACAAACAGAAAAGGGGGUCUGCUAGACUUUAGGUGGGGUUUGAAAAGGCUCCUCAUAGUUAUUCGAUAAAUGAUACUGUGGUACGUUGAUUAAUUUAGGAAUUUGCUUGUUUGUUUAGUAGCUUACUAGCUGACCUCCCAGACAAAAUGUAGCCUUUCGAGCCAUGGGAGGAAACAAAAUGGCAGCCAAGUAGUGUUCUCCAUCAGCAGGCAACUUGCUAUCAACUAUUAAAACUGAUCUGCCAUGGUUAAGGUUGCCAUAUUUCAAACAGUGAAAAUCCAGACAGAAAAGUUGUUGAGUUUUUCCUUGGGGGGGGAGGGCAAAGUUGUAGGGCUUUUCUUUUUUUAGCAAAUUCCAAAAAAUAAAUGAAGUUUUUGAGCUAUUUUUCAGGAAAGUCGACUGCAGUAUUCCGGAUAUGUCUGGGAAAUUCCAGACAUAUGGCAACCCUAGCCUUGCAAGGUUGGACUGAAGAUGUACAGACACACCUUGGAAGUCGAAUGGAAUCCGUUCCGGAAGUCCGUUCGACUUCCAAUUCGCCGAAGAGCGUCCUGCAGCCAAUUGGAAGCCACAGAAGCCAGAUGUUCAGCUUCCGAAAAUCACUCGAAAACCAGAAACAUUCGAGUUUACAGGCAUUCGGCUUCUGAGGUUCCACUGUAUAUAUAAACUCUUUAGCACUCUCUAAAUGCACUAUGACCAUAUGCAGGAGGAGGAGGGUUACUUAGACUGGCCUGUGGGGAAAUAAAUACACCAAAGCUAAUCCAGAUAGCUUAAGCAAUCUGGAUAGCUCAAGCGACCUGUGCCUCUUGCACCAGCCUGCUUUGUUUCUAUGGUGUUAGAUCUGUCCCCCUCCAGCAGCCCAGUCACCUGCUCCGUGGAAUUUGCUGAUGAAUUUGUUCUGGUGGAUCCAGAUAUUUUUCAUGAUGGCAGUGCUUCUGUCAAAGGCCUGGGUUAGUGAAAGCAUAGCCUUUUUUUUUUUUUAAAAAAAAAUGAUAUUUAUUAAAGUCUCAGAAAAAAGAAUUACAUAAAAACAAGAAAAACAAAAAUAAAAGACAAAAGUAAAAAUACAAGAAAAAUACAAAAUACAAAAUACAGAAUAGAAGAAUAAAAACACUUAAAAAGGAAAAAAAUAGAUCAAUCUUUCCAUGCCUUACAUUCAUAUCCUUGUUUCCCUGACCUCCUCAUACCUCCCUUUUUUGUAUUCCAAUUCAAUUAGUUAAUUCAGCCAUUUCUUUCCCUCUUUAUUUUCUCUUAAUCCUUUAACUUAAUAUAGUAUAACUUUAAAUUUUCACCUGUUAUCAAUCCAUUUUUACAUACACCUUUAUAGCAUUACUGCUUAAACCACUUAACUUCAUUCUAACAUCAUUCUAACAUUCAUUAAUUUUACAAUAUUUCUGUAGAUAGUCUUUAAAUUUCUUCCAAUCUUCUUUCACCAACUCUUCUCCCUGGUCUCGGAUUCUGCCAGUCAUUUCCGCCAAUUCCAUGUAGUCAGUGAAAGCAUAGCCUUAAAGGUUGGAGUAUGGGCCGGGCAGGCAUGCUUUAAAGAAAAAAAUCAUUCCAAAAGUUCCAAACUUUUUAAACUGCUGAAUAGAGAGGAAACAUAACUAUUUCAGCACUGUGUAAUCAGAUUAACAUUUAUCCCAGUUGUACAGGAUUGGACUUCUUACAGAAUAUAACUGAGACAGCUUUGUUCUGAUUAAUCGUAUGAGGCCUCUCUCUCUCUCUCCCUCUCUCUCUCUCUCUCUCUCUCUCUCUCUCUCUCUCUCUCUCUCCAGGCUUAUUUUAGGAAUGAUGCUAACAACUUCCUUCCUGUCCAUGUGGCUGAGUAACACAGCCUCCACCGCUAUGAUGCUACCCAUUGCAAUGGCUGUUCUGAAGAGCCUCUUUGGAGACAAGGAAACAUCUCGGGACCUCAAGAGGGAAAAUGAGGAAAGCCAAGGUCAGUCUGGUUGGCUCAUUUGGGUGUUGCUAAUAAAACAUGGCAUUUUUGACAAAUGUAAAGUCAUCUGUUACUGAGGUGUGUUCCAACGGCAUCCAUAGGACAUUCCGCUUGUAAAUGCACACGUUGCUGGGGGGAAAAUAUGCAUUUCCCCUAUUGCUCAGAACGGCAACUUUGAGUUUGCUGGAGAAAUAAGGUUUGCCAUCUGCUUUCCCUGUACACCAAUAAAGGAUAUAUUUUGUGAUAGUCUGUGCCCUGUAGAUGGUAGUUGCAUAAAUGUCACAUGCUCCUAUUGGAUGGUGCUAGUGACAUCUCUCUUUUACAUCACACCAAUAACUCCACCUUGGUUGCGCCAUUUUAUAAACUUCCUUUAUAAAUCUAGUCUAGUCUAGUGCCUCCGCUUCCAUAUUGUGGCAGGGCAGGGCAGUUAACAUGCCAUGGCUAGUAAGAGCACAUCCGUUUCUGAAAGAGUGCUGGUAUGGAUCCUUUCUCCUAUUUUCCAAUGUGUCUAUCUGUCAGGGAAUGGCCAGAAGCAGAGGAUUGAGGAAUGCAUUCUCAGGCAGAUCAGUUUCUCUUAGAAGAGGAGCUGGAGGGGGAAGAUUCGCCUCCCUUGUUCCAGUGGUCUCAGAAGCAGAGAGAGAAACAGACACGGAACAGAUUAGACAGGAGUUACCUAGCUAUGAGAUAAUGACAAGAGAAACAGAAGGGAGGGGACAGAAGAAGAAGAAGAAGAGUUUGGAUUUGAUAUCCCGCCUUUCACUCCCUUUAAGAAGUCUCAAAGCGGCUAACAUUCUCCUUUCCCUUCCUCCCCCACAACAAACACUCUGUGAGGUGAGUGGGGCUGAGAGACUUCAGAGAAGUGUGACUAGCUCAAGGUCACCCAGCAGCUGCAUGUGGAGGAGCGGAGACGCGAACCCGGUUCCCCAGAUUACGAGACUACCGCUCUUAACCACUACACCACACUGGCUCCCCAGAUAGACAGAUAGCAGAGACGCCAUUAGAGAGUGUGGGGGACUCUCCCUCCCUAUGAACUAGGAGAUCCAAAUGUAUUAGAGAACAAAGGAUACAGAGAGGAGGAGGGACUUUCCAUUGGUGCCUAGGAUGUUGUACAAGACAGAAGGGGGAAGAAUUAGAGUAGCCAACUGCUCUCCUUGUGGAGGGACGUGGAUUUUUGCUUGCAACCUGAUGCCUGAAUAAAAAGGACCAUAAAAGAUAAACUGCUCAUUAAUUCUAAUCUGUGAAGUUACUGAAAGGGGAGGCAGACUCCCCACGCAUGACACUGUCCCUCCUUUCCUUUCCAGGCCCAUCUCUGUCCACAAUUUCCUUUACUGAGGCAUGCGUUAACCCAUGCCCUCUCCCACAAUAGACAUGAAGGCAGGUGGACUUAUCUCUUAUCUUAGCCCUGUAGCACUUGGAUCAGAGAUAGGAGAUUCCUCUAAGUGUUCCACACCUGACGUCAUAUGGCAUCAGGUGAUAGGCAGGAGUGUGCAGUUUACCCAAAACAUGCACAUGGGCCAAAUUAGGCCUGCAUGACAAGUUCUCCAUCAUACCAACUUGACCACCACCUAAAUGUGAAUGGUUUCAGUCUGAAGGGGGAAAGGAGGCAUGCUAUGUGUGUGCAUCUGAAUUCUUUCUUGUCCUUUUAAUCCCUUCCCUUUUUUCAUGGUUGUCAUGGAACUGAGACACAUUUGCGUUGCUUCAUUAAGAAAUGUCAGUGUUGCUGAAUCCCUGAAGUGACAAUGCAGAAGUCACUGGUCCACUGAACAGUAUUAAAACCUGAUACAACAGAGCAAACGAGUUCACAGACUUCGACCGCUGGGUGCGUUCCUUGUAAUGUUCUAUCCGUCUUAAUGUGGGGAAAUGGGUAAGAGGAGGGCAGCAUUUCCAAAUGGCAAUUUUUCCAUUCGGAACAGCAAGCACCCCAGUGCUUAAUGAUCCCCAUCCUCAGCUUCUGCUGAAAACACAAUAAUAUAAUAAAGUUUUAAAGGAGGCAAGAUCAGACAUUUCAUCAAGCAAGCGAAACAUUUUAUCAGUAAAUAAAACUAGCUGAUUUUUCUGGAAUCAAGAGAAAAAACAAACUCCAAAGUAAUCUUUUAGUUAAUUAGGAAUCAUGAAAAAUCCAAAUACAGCACUUUACUGAAAGCGGCUCUGAUUUUAUGAUGCUGAUUUGCUUAUUUUGUUUUAAAUGUUGAUUGUUGAUUUUAUUGUUUGCCACCCUGCGACUUUUGAGUGAACAGUGAACAACAAAUACUUCAAAUAAAUAGACUUCCCGGGAUUUCCAAUCUCAUCACUUUUUAGGGAGUUAUUCCUUUGUAGCAGACAUGCACACUUUAUAUAACUUAUAAAAAAUGCAGUUAGUGUUGCGCCAUUAGAAAGAAAUCCAAAGUGUCACAAAGCAAUGACAUUUACAGAAUGGUAGACAUUAACUGGAUAGCUAUAGAUGUAUAUAAUGUUUUGGUACAUUGCUCAGGUACUGCUUUCUCAGUUUGAUAAGGGAACAGGGUGAGUCAGAGAGUUGGACGCACCAGCAAUUCCUUUCAGCAGCUUAUUCUUCUACUUUGAGCCACAACAUAGAAAUAUUUGGGCUGAUUUAUCACUCUGCUGCCUUUGGCUAUGAAACCUUUCUGUAGGCUUAACCUGUGUUUAUGUUAAGACAGCUUUAAGCUGGUAGAUCUUUCCGUGCUUCCCAGAAGUGCACACUAAACUCUACCCUUCACUGGACCAAUUAAUUGUUUAAUUAAUUGUGAAGUCUUGGAAACUCCAGCUGAUCAGUGCAGAAUGAGAGACUCAAGAGUGACUCACAUGUGUGCGAAGCUACGGCACCAAAUGGGUGAUUUGGAUGCAUAAAUUAGCCUUUUCGAAGGAGGUGUCAGCAAGAUGCCUUGAGAUUGUACUUUUACCAAUCCUGCCAAUUGGAAGCAAGUCCUACUGGUGCAUAUUCUGGCUGUUGGCAGACAUACCCGUUCCCCACUUUUUAUUCUGCUGUUGUAACUCAACUAUGCUGGGAUAUUUAACUGUUAUGAUUUAGGAAUAGUAGCACCACCUUCUGUCAUUAUGACUCUGGAAAUGUUUCUCUGUAUUUUUAAAAGCUCUUUGGGUAUUAUUCUUUUUCAGCCUCUGUACAUCAGAACAAACUCCACACAGUGCCAACUGAGAUGCAGCUUCUAGCAAAUGUUGAUGAGUAAGUUUACGCAAAGCUUUGCAUUGGAGAGGAGGACGGUGAUACCAAAGUAUUCUUCCUCUGUUUCAUGAGUAUGAACUAAGGCUGUUUACCUAGGAGUAAAGCCCUAUUUAACUUCUUCCUGCUUAUGUCACUUGCUGCAUUCCACCCAUGCUCCAAGGAAGCUAUAGCGUUGCGUUAGCAUUGCACUAAAUUGUAACUAUAUUGAGUUUAUGUCAAGGGACUAAGUUCAAUAUUGGCUGCACUCAGACCUACCAUAAUUGGAGGCCUUGAAAUCUGACUUGCCAGUAAAAACUGCUAGGCCAGGGACAGAGCCUUUUCAGCAAUUGCUGCAAGUCUUUGGAAAUACACUUGGCCUGGUCUCUGAGAGAUAUUUGAAAGCAUGGCUUUUUUAUAUUUAUGGAUUGUGGUUUUGAUGUUUCUAUGUGUUUCAAAACUUCUUCUUUUUUUGCAAACCACCUUCAGAAGGUUGUGUGCCCUGAUAGGUGCGUUUGGAUAUUAUUUUAAUAAGGAAUAGCAGAAUCACAUGGUGUCUACUUGAAAGUAAGACCCACUAAAGCCAGGGGCACUUAUUCUAAGGUUACCAGACAUCCCUGUUUCUCGGGGACAGUCCCCGGAUUUACAAAUCAGUCCCCAUACAAAAUCCAUUGAAGUUGAAAAGUGUCCACGGAUUCAUUGAAAAAAAUCUGGUAACCUUAAUUUAUUCCCUCGUAACUGGGCUUAGGAUUGCAGCUUGAUUAAUAAAUAAAACUAUGGUUUAGUGCUGCAUGAAUGGGUUUUAGACUUGUGCCUGCCCCCUCCCAUCUCCCAUCUUCUGGCGUGGCUGUGAGGAGGAAAAUGAACAUAAUUGUUUUCAACUAGCUGUUUUAACUAUGGCUUGUCUGAACAAGUAAAGAUCAUGCAGUACAUUAUAGUCCUGGCUUGUUUGGAUAUAGUAUAACUCAAAUAACCCCAGUUCCUGGUUCAGAAGUAACUCAAACUUUGGUUAGUUGAAAACAGAAGCAAGUGUUUUUGAUGUUGUUGCCAUGCCAGAAGAGAGGGGAAGUGGGGAGCAGACACGUCAAUGUAACACUAGAUUAUUAUUUAGAGUCAUGUCCAAAUGAGGCCAUGGUCUACUGUGGCAAUGAUUCUCCUAGCUCUCAAGGUGAGGCCUUUACUAGUCAUGCUGCUUUUAAGCAUAAAUGAUCCUGGAAACUCAGCAAACUAAGUAUGUGGUCUGCCUCCAAGUUUUGGCCCCUCCCCAAGUCCAUCCUACUUUAGGAUGCCUAGAUUACCUUUCACAGAUGGAUCAAAGAGAGAAUCUGGGUAGAUGCAGCUCAUUCUGCAGAGGAGAGAGAAACAGUACCUGUUGUAGAUCCUGUUCCAUCAACUGAAGACCAAUGAGUCCCCUUGCCAAAUUAUUUGGCAGAUGAGGGGAGGGGGGAAUCAAUCAGAUACAGAAGCAAAAGCAAACAAAUGAGCCCUAAGUUAUAUGAGAAAUGACAAAUGUCAAGAGUUGCCUUUUGUAAUGUUUUAAAGAAAAGACUUGACAGAGGAGAAGGAAGUCACAAUUGAAGUUUCCUCAGACAUACAGAAGGAGGAAGAGCACAAGAAGAAUGUAUGGAAAGGCUUCCUCAUUUCGAUCCCUUAUGCAGCCAGUAUUGGUGGGACAGCGACGCUGACAGGAACUGCCCCAAAUCUCAUUCUUUCAGGACAACUCAAAAGGUAUGGAGGGAAAGGGCUUGUGAGGAACUGAACAUGCUGGUGUUGACAAUGGAUGUACAUGGGGAUUUCCCAAGGUUAUGGAGUCAAGAACUGCACAUGACUCUGAACUAGUAAAAAUGUGACUCCUAGGCAAGGACAAAGAAGGAUGAGAUCUUUGUGACCAUAGUUGUCCCUUUCAUAUAACACAGACAGAUUAUCUUCUGCACCCCCUUCGGGAGUCCGUGAGCUGCAGAAAGUGACAAUGGUAGCCUCUAGAUGUGGUCUUGAAUCACAACCGAGAUGUUUGUAUGACAUGCUGGCCUUGGUUGCAUAUUUCAGAUUCUUUCUUCAGUUUAUCCAAAUGGGUUUCUCCACCUUACAUUAAUCAGGUUUUCUCCUUCUCAAAGCUUUUUUCCAGGGUGUGACGUUGUGAAUUUUGGCUCUUGGUUUGUGUUUGCCUUUCCCUUAAUGCUGCUGUUCCUUCUUUUCGGAUGGCUCUGGAUCUCAUUCCUUUAUGGAUGCAUUAGCUUGAGGUACUUUCAUGUCUGAUUUAUUUGUAUCGUUUAACAUUGAUUGAAAUUGUGGUCAAGGUAACCAGUUUAGCUGGGUCCUUAUUGGAAAUCUGAUGGUUUUAUGAGGGACCUAUCCUUUUUUUGACUUGGGAACACCCCUGUCUUUCAGGUGUACAUGUACUCUCUUGUUGCACAAGAAAAACUAUCUGUUCCUGUUUUUCAAAAUGCAAAUAAAUUUUUUAAAAGAAAAAGGAAUAAAGAAAAACUAGAUGACACAGUGCACUAAUGGGGUCAUUUCAUCAGGGCAAGCAUUUUGGCUUGGCAAAAUGGGAUGUGUCUUUUACAAUAUUUCAUUGACAGGUCCUUCUUUUUUGUUUUUAAAGUUGGGUGAGGCUCUACAUGUUACAUCUUAAUAAUUCUAUUUUUGCAUUUGAAAAAUACAAUUUGUGACUUUUUUGCUUGGCCACAAAACUCCAGUUUGAAGAUAGCUUUUGAAGACACUGUGUUCAGAAACAAAGGUGUUAUUUUUAAAGAAAAAAUAUCCAAGCAGCUCAUACUAUAAAAACACACUUCUAAAGAUAGCUGAAUAAUAGGGAAACUUCAUCACAUGCACUAAGGCAGAGCUGAUAAUAAAAUUACUUUCAUUUUAAUAUAAAUGACUUAAGAUCGCUAAUUUAUAAAGUUUAAAUUUAUUAAGCAAAGCAACCGUAGAUAAUAAAGAUCAUACAGUUCAUAAAAAAGAGGGGAAACAUCAUAGUACCAACAGUCUAUGGGUAAGGCAAAGAGUUUCUUUUAAUAUCAUUUCAAUUAGAAUUCCAAUAAUAGUUAAAUAAUUCGACUUCCAGAACAGCGCACUCUGUGGUGGGUCGGACUUUGAGCUCUGAGCUACUCGAGACAGACUCGGCACCUGGAGACAGCACCAUAUAGUUAAACUAUAGAAUGUGCUCCCACAGGAGGUAGAGAUGUCUACCAGCUUGGUUGGUUUUAAAAGUGGAUUAGACAAAUUCAUGGAAGAUAAGGCUGUCCUCCACCUGCACUGUCAGAGGUUGCAUGCCUCUGAAUACCACUUGCUGAGAAUCAUGGAUGAGGAGAGCAUUGUUGCCCUCAGGUCCUGCUUGCAGGCCUCCCAUGGGUUGUCCACUGUGAGAAGGGAAUGCUGGAUUAGAUGGGCCAAUAGCUUCAGUGCUGGGUGGUCUAGACAGUUCUCCCACACAGGGUGCUGAGCCGAGGGGGUGCAAAAUGGAGACGAUCCAUACUUGAGAAGAUCCAUUUGGGGGUGCCAAAUUUCAGCUCCAUACAUGGCGCCAUAUUACGAAAGACUACCCAAGUCUGGCCCUGAGUAGCUUGAUCCAGUAGGACUCUUAUGUUCUUAUGGGAUAUUUUGGUGGUCUUCAUGAGCACCAGACCUUUGAGGCCCACCCUUUCCCCUUGUGAAUUCACAUCAGAUGCAUUCUCUCACAAGAACACGGCAGAGGUGUCCUGACCACUGAGUUGGUGAUCUCAUUGCCCCAGAAAUUUCUCAGCCUUGUCACAAAUGACCUUAAGGCAGUGUAUAUUGGUACAGAUUUGUUGAGGUCCACAGAGUUUUGCUAAUUUGUUGUAAUGAGAGCAGGGUUCAAAGAAUAAGAGGUGUUCUGUUGAUAAUUCUACUAGUUACUGAAUUCCUGGGAUAUUUCGACCUGGCUGUUUUGCACUUGCACCAUUCAGGGAUUUGUGCAUUUCAUUGCAUGCUAUGGGACUUGUGUUCUGUAUUUUUCCGGGAAUGAUUCUUUUUACUGUAGCUGUUACGUAGGUUAAGAUAUAAAGUCCGUAGCUGGAAAUUUGGCCAAGAACAGGUUACAUUUGACAGGGAUUAAACUUCAGUGAUUUCAUAAAACAAUGUGUUAAUCAGUAAUUGAGCAGUAACAUGGUUUUAUUGUAAAUCUUUUGCUAAUCUGGGUACUUACAACUUGCUUUCCAACUUCGCCAUAUUCCUUCACUUGCAGUAUUUAAAACAAGAAGCAUUGCUAGAGUUUGUUUGGGGGUUAUUUUUUUGGUGGUGGCUCAGAGAUUAUGAGCCAUUUCUGUUUAUUGUGCACUUUACGCUGUUGUUGUUAAAAUGCAUUUCUGAUAUCCCAUAGCCUUCUUUUAAGCCUGCAGUGCUAUAGUAAUUCCAACAAAUAUAUGGCUCAUUGAAGUGCCAUUAUUUUUUCCAUCAGCGAGAUGAAUAGCACCUUCAGAGCUACAAUUUAAUUCAGAAAAGCAAUGCAGGGGAAUAUACUGCUGUUGCAUUCAGAUUCUGCUUACAGGCUUCCUAUAGGUAGCUGGUUGGCCACAGGAUUAUGAACUAGAUGGGUCUUUGGUCUCAUCCAGCUGGGCUUUUCUUAUAAUCUUAUGAACGUGUAAUAAUUGCAUUAUUUCAAAGUGUACCACUAUUAGUAAUUUAUAUAGUACUUUUAUUGGUACCGUAUUUUUCGCUCUAUAGGAUGCACCUGACUAUAGGAUGCACCUAGUUUUAGAGGGGGAGAACAAGAAAAAAAAAAUUCUCUCCCUCUCUGCGCAGCACCCCUUCAGUGAAGCAGGAGGAGAAACGGAGUCCCAUCCAUUUCUCCUCCCGCUUCGCUGAAGGGGCGGUGCGCAGCUCUCCCUCUCUGCACAGUGCCCCUUCAGCGAAGCGAAGCCAGGAGAGCCAGAGGGAUCGGGGCACACCGACCCCUCCUGGCUUCAGCGAAAGCAAUGUGAAGCCUCCGGAGCGCAGCAGUGCGCACUGACCCCUCUCGCUCUCCAGGCUUCAGCGAAAGCAACGUGAAGCCUUCGCGUUGCUUUCGCUGAAGCCAUGGAGCCUGCAUUCGCUACAUAAGACGCACACACAUUUCCCCUUAAUUUUUGGAGGGGAAAAAGUGUGUCUUAUAGAGCAAAAAAUACGGUAUGUAAAAAUAUAUAUAGUCCAUCUUGCUGAUCCACUCAGCAGGAUAUGUAAGUCACUGUCCCCAUUUACACAUGGCAAACUGAGGUCAAAAGAGAGAGAUUUUCCCAAGACUAUCCAUAUAGUUUUACUGAUGAGUAGGGAUUUGAAUUCGGGCCUCAUAAGUUAAAUUCCAAAACUAUGUGCACUGGAGUACUGUGGCUCUCAUUUCUGUUCUGUUUGUUGAAUUGUUUUGAAAGGAAUUGAUGCUUAAGGCCUUUUUUUAAAAAAAGGAAAACGGGGUAAGAAAAAACCAAAACCAUACAUGGCAAAUAGAUUUUCCCCACGACCUCACUUUUUAAAAUCAAAGGCUCAAAGUAGAUGCUAGUUUGCCAAAAGAAUCAAGCAAGUGACCCUUUCCUUCAGAAUUCUGUUCAUAUGUUUGACUGGUUCGCAAACAUUGGGUACACUUUAUGAUUGAUGGAAUCAAACUAGCAUUGUAGGUUUAAUGAAAAUCUAAGCAGUGCCAGAAAUGUAUUAAGCAGCAUGACACUGUUAACCUGAAAAUAGUUCAAGAUGAAAUUGUCCUUCAUAUGGACUCCUAAUUGUGUGAGGUGGGUAGAGGAGAAGGGCAGGUCAAAAUGCAGAUGAGCACUGAAGUUACCUACUAAAAAAGGCUGAGCCUCACAUUAGUAUUUCAGCCUUUGAGCCUCAAAAUUCCUUAUGCUUUGUUUCAUCAUCAGUGGCACAUUUUGCAUAAUUACUCGCUUGUUUUCUGGCUAUUCUAAUGCCUGAAAAAUGGAGCCGUCCUAUUUUUUGAUGUCCUCUGAAUCAGAAACUAGAAACCAUUUCCCUAGAGAAAUGGCUAUCUCUAGAGAGGGUGCAUGGAGGCGAUGAAUUACUGCAGAAGACAGAAUGAAUUUGCCCUGAUUUUUAAGACAAAUCAUUCCUAUGAAUGCAUGCUCUGGUGGUUCUUUUGUGACUGUGAGAGAUGUGUAUUUUGCAUAAUGCCAAGAGGAUGAAAUUACCUUUGAUGACAGGAUGAGAAUUUGUAAACAUAGAAUGGGUUAUUGUGUUGUGUGAAACUGACCAAUAAAUAAAAAUAGUUAACUGUCUUUCCUAGCAAAUGGUCCUAAUGUAGUGUACAAUUCUAGCUAUUUGCUAGUUUAAUUUUUUAUUGCAGUUUCUUAGUUAGUGGUGGUACAUUUUAAGGAUGAAACUGAAAUCACAUUAAGGGCAUAAAACUGAAACGUUAAAACCACAAAACAGAGAGUGAAAACUGGAACAUUUGAACAGCAGCAAGGAAAUUAUGCAGCCAAAAGCCCUCCUAAAUGUAACAACCUUAAAUCCAUUUAUAAGCUUUCUGCAAGAUAGUUUGAUUCAGUAAUAUUUAUGAAUGAGAGUGCCUGAGGUCGUGUGAACAAAGCAUUUUUUCCCUCCCUUGUUGUUGAGCUGGAGAAAAAAGAAAUCGGAGAUCAGAGCUGAAGCAGAAGCCAGAGCCAGGACAGUAAUAAGGGAUGAUUAUCGGAAGCUGGGACCAAUAAAGUAAGUCACAAUGAAAGCAAUACAAGACUCAGUCAACUGUGUUUACACCUGACUGUGGGGUGGAGAAAUGGCCUUGGGCAGGGGGAGGCAGAAUUUGCUGGGGGAAAUUGGUGUGUGUGUCUCUCUCUGUGUGUGAAGGGUUAAGCACCCUCUUCUCCCAUCUGCUAAUUCUCUCCUACACACACAGAGAGAGGUUAUUUCAUCAAAUUCAGAUUUGGGAGCACACAUUCACCAAGGUAGCAUUUGGCUCCACUGUGUGUGAUAAUUAAAUAUGUGUGUGAUCUUUCUUUCGUUUGUCUUGUAGUCUGGGGUCAGUUUCCUUAGUUCACGGAUGGCUAUUCCAUGGCCCUCCAGGUAUUUAUGGAUUCCAGUUCCCACCAUUCCUCACCAUUAGACAUGCUGGUCGGGGCUGAUAGGGGUUGCAAUGCAACAAUAUCUGGAGGGCAACAGGUUUCCCUGCCUUAGACAACCCCAAAGUUUUGUUUUUCUGCAUUUUAUCGGUUACCAUAGGAUAAGCAUUUUUCUUGUUUGUUACAAACACCAUAGCUUUCAACUACUUGCGUCGCAGCUGAAAGAAAGUUUAGCUCAGGCCAUACCUCUGAAGCAAAUCCUAAAUUGCAGAGUCAGCUGGAGACUUUACACUUGAUGAUGGGCUGCUUAAUUACUUCUGCUAAAUUAUUUAUGCAAGGAACAAACUUAUUCUCUAAUUAGCCAGUCUAGUGCAUUUGGAAGCAUUUGUAGCACGCUCACGAACAGUCCCAGAGACAAAUGAAGCACUGAAGCCAUGACAGGAGUGAGCCAGCAGUAAAUUACACCAACAAGUUGGAGUUAACUCUUUUUUUAAAGCAAAAACAGGAUCUGCACAGGAGUGUGAGGCCUAAGGAGCACAGCAACCCAUUUCCAGCAGGUCUUGCUCCCAUGAAGCAGUUGCUGAAACUGAAGGUGCCCACCUCCCCACAGCUGCAGAAGUCCCCUCUUAUCCAGGGUUUUCUCCAAACAAUCUGAUACUGCACCUGCGUGAAGCUAACUUUGCCUCCACUCUUUUUAUGCCUCUUCUGGCUCUGGGAGACCAGUGGAGAGGGGAGCUGGUCACAGCAGGAGAGGGAGACACCCGUGCUUCUUCACCAGCCAGACUCAUCUCUGCCUCUUGGCCUCCCUCCUCUCCAGCCUCCGCUUCUACCGCUGAUUCUGGACUGCUUUCUGCCACCAACUCCCCCUGCUCACUAAGCACUGUUACCUCUUCAGCUUUUGACACCUCUUCCCAGUCUUCUCUCACUUCUCCCUCUGACCACUCAUCGUUAUUCCACCACCAAGCCCUCAGAUCUGAGCCUUCUUUCAUACUUCCUCCCACCAUUCCUCUGAAGCCAAUCAGUCCAUGACAAGAUGUCAUGAAUAAUCAUUAUGUAGUCUCUGUGAGAGAGGAUUUGGCUUUCUAAAUCAUUUAGUGUUUUGUUUUGUUUUUGCAUAUCACAUUAAGCCGGCAUUUUAUUUUAUUUUUUUAAUUAUGAAUUUUUUAUAUAGAUUUUCUGUCAUACAACUGAAAAGAGAAAGAGAAAUAAUACAUAACAGAAAAGAAACAUUAAAUCAUUAUACAAUAUCCCGAAAGAAAAAACAUAAACAAAAUAAAACAAACCCACCACCCUGUUUAGCUUCCUUCCACCGCUGCUCGUCUUGUGUAGAAUCAAUUUUACCCUUAUCAUUGCAUUCUGAUUUUUUAAAAUUUUCUCUAUAUACAUAUAUUUCUCUUUGAUAGAUUAUUGUUUUGAUGCAUUUACAUUCUUAGUCUAAGCAUAUUAGCAUGUAUUUUUAGAGCAGUAUUUUGUCAUAUAAUCAUCAAAGCAUUGCCAUUCUUUUUUUAUUUUUUUAUUUGACUGCUGUCGUAUAGAUGCUGUUAAAUUAGCCAAUUUUAAAUAUUCAUUUAAUUUAAGAAUCCAUUCCUCCUUGGUAGGUAGCUCUUUAACUUUCCAUUUAGAUGCUAUUACUAUCCUAGCUGCGGUGGUCACAUAUAAGAAAAUUCUUUUUUUCGAUUUCAGUAUUUCUUUUCCUAAUAGGCCCGGUAAGUAAGGCUCUGGUUUUUUCGUUAAUGGGAUUUUAAGCAUUUUUUUCGACUCCUCAUGUAUUUCUCCCCAGAAGUACUAAAUUGGGGUGCAACUCCACCACAUAUGCAUUGUUGUUCCAGCUUCCUUGUUGCAUUUCCAACAGAGGCUGGAUUUCAGUUUAUAGAUUUUUGCUAAUUUGGUUGAUGUUAAAUACCACCUGUAGAACAUUUUGAUGAAAUUUUCUUUUAUUGUAUUGCAGGCGGUAAAUCUUAUGUCUUCCUGCCAAAGUUUCUCCCAUUGCUCUAAAUAUAUUGUAUGGCUGAAGUCUUGUGCCCAUUUAAUCAUUGUCUCUUUCACUUCCUCAUCAGUCAUGUCCAGAUCUAGCAAAAGGUUAUACAUUUUAGAUAGUUUUUUUUUUUUAAAUAGUUUUUCAUACAUUAAUGAAUUCUCUUUAGCGAAGCCUUUCUUCAAGUCUGAAUUAAAGACACUUCCAAGUUUUACCAUAUAUAUUGCCAUCUGUCGGAGACAUAAUGCCUUAUUUCUUCAUAUGGUCUUAUUCUUAAUUUACCUUGAUCUUCCAUUAUCAAAUCUCUAUAUGUUGCCCAUUCCUUGUUCAUGUUUAGUUUUUUCAUGGCAUGGGCUUCUAGAGGUGAGAGCCACCAUGGUAUCAUUAGCUCCAGUCUCAAUUUGUACUUGUUCCAGACUUUAAAUAAUGCAUUUCUAAUUAAAUGGCUGUUGAAAUCUUUAUGGGCUAAAUCACUUAGUGUUAACCAGUCCUUUCUUUUUCAGAUACAGUCGGUGCUAACCAUUUCUUAAAAAGACACUUUCAUUAGCUGUUACUGUAUUUGAGCACUCACAAAUAACCGGAUGCUGUAGACCUAGUUAAGUCUCCUUGCUAGCAUCAGUGAAACGGUUUGUUGCCACUGAUGUGAACACUGUUUACUGCUGACCAAUCUGUCCUGUCAAUCACCAUAGUCUUGUGGCAACUGAAAAACUGACAGAUGUAUUGUGUCGUUAGUCUUCAUGGACUAGCAUUCAUCUCUAUGACAAGUUUUGUUGUUGUUUAGUCGUUUAGUCAUGUCCGAUUCUUCGUGACCCCAUGGACCAGAGCACGCCAGGCACUCCUGUCUUCCACUGCCUCCCGCAGUUUGGUCAAACUCAUGCUGGUAGCUUCAAGAACACUGUCCAACCAUCUUGUCCUCUGUCGUCCCCUUCUCCUUGUGCCCUCAAUCUUUCCCAACAUCAGGGUCUUUUCCAGGGAGUCUUCUCUUUUCAUGAGGUGGCCAAAGUAUUGGAGCCUCAGCUUCAGGAUCUGUCCUUCCAGUGAGCACUCGGGGCUGAUUUCCUUAAGAAUAGAUAGGUUUGAUCUUCUUGCAGUCUAUGGGACUCUCAAGAGUCUCCUCCAGCACCAUAAUUCAAAAGCAUAAAUUCUUCAGCAAUCAGUCUUCUUUAUGGUCCAGGUCUCACUUCCAUACAUCACCACUGGGAAAACCUUAGCUUUAACUAUACGGACCUUUGUUGGCAAGGUGAUGUCUCUGCUUUUUGAGAUGCUGACAAGUUUACUGGUCCACAAAAGCUUAUGCCUUAAUAAAGUUGUCCUUGCUGGGGCUGAUGGGAGCUGUAGCUGAACAACAUUUUGGGGGCUAUAGAUUUCCCACACUUGCCCUAGACAAUCUGAGUGUGGAGUACAAGCAGAGCAUCCUCUCAUCCCUGCCCUUUGAAAGCUGCUAAGCAGAUCCUCCUCAUAGUUCCAUCAAUUAAUUAUCCUGUCAUGGACCUUCAGAAUAGGACCUUCUUACCAGUUGCCCCAACCCCUCUGGGAGGCGGCAUGCUUGGCUACUAUCAUUGGCUACUUUUAGAAAAGUAACAAAAACUCAUCUGAUAGUCUUUGAGACUAUUAUCUGAUAAAACUGCUGCAGGCUGAUUUUAGUUGUUGAUUUUGUUCUUCUGCUUUAUCAGUUACAAAGGUUGCAUUGUCUCUUCCCCCCCACCCCCUUGCAAACUGCUGUAUUAUUAUUUUUUUAAGCAACACAUAACUAUUGCAAAAUAAAUAAAUCGAGGGAACCUGAACAUAUCUGGGGGAAAAGUACUUUUCACCGUUGGUGGAUAUUAUGAAAGAUUAGUGUCCACUGAAACAUUAAUGUCACUAUAAACCAGCAACCUGCAAAAUAUCAUUGUAAGAAUCAAAGGCCCUUUUUUCCAUUCUAAGAGCACAGAAAGUCUAUUAAACCGGCCAUGGCCAAUUUGAUUAGCAACUCCAGAUUUCUUCCAAAUGGUUUAUGUAUCUCUUGUUCCUUAAAUCUAAUGUUUCGUUUUGUAAUUUGGUUCCUAAUCUUCUCUUGAUAUGUUUAAACCAGGAAGAGAAGAGUACAAUUUAAUGAUGCCCCAUUAUAAGGUAGCAUUCUCAUCCUAUUCCAUCCUCAACUUCCAAAAAUUGAGAUUUCAAAUACUUGUUUCAUGACUUUCUGUUUGUGGUUAGAACGUCACACACACACACACACACACACACACCAUUUAGGCAGCCAGGGAAGGGGGCAGGCUCUGUCCCUGCCACUCUCUCUCUCAAUCUCUCUCUCUCUCUCUCUCUCUCUCUCUCUCUCUGUGUGUGUGUGAGCCUGAAAUGGGUUAAAGUCUGUGGUCAUUGAAUCUUGAAACCUCCCACAAAUGAUCACUCUUCUGCUUUCUAUCACAUUCAUUGUUGUAAAAAACACACACCACACAAUCAAGUUGAGCAACCAUGUGUUUCUUCUUAUUGCAUGAAUUAUGCAAUAAGACCCACAUGGGAGGCCCAAGUUGUUAACCCGAAUGCCUGCAGAGAUAUGUUGAAACACAAAUAUCUGCUCCUAUGUAUAUUUUACAAUUCUCCUCUAUGAACUUCAGUGCUAGAAAGUUUGCUGACACUCGGGUUAUAUUUUAAUUUUGGAAAUGUGUAUCUAGCUCAAGGCCACUUCUGCAUUUUGUUCUGAAACAAUCAAAAUUCCCCUUUGCUCUUUUCUGCGCAACAUUGCCAGCCUUCCUCAGAUUUCCACCUACUGGUCACAGUUGAACUCAUCCUCAAGCAAGACUGGGGGAAAUGAUGUCUUCAUUACAAUGACUCGCUGCAUUUCCUUCCUCUACAGGUUUGCUGAACAGGCAGUAUUUGUACUUUUCUGCUUAUUCGCAAUCCUGCUAUUCUCCAGAGACCCUAAGUUCAUCCCAGGCUGGGCGAGCUUGUUCACCCCAGGGUAAGAAAUUUAUUUCUGUAUAUUUCUGUCAGGCCUUUGUUCUCCAUCCCCCCUUCCACACAAACACCCCCCUCGCACCAGCAUUAAUGUUUCAUUUAAAUGCUCAUCUCAAGGGAUUCUCUCAGAGUUUCUUUUUUGCCUGGGGCAGACAUAGUAUUCCCAGUCCCCUAACCUUGGGAGAUGGUUGUGGCUGUGGGCCUCUUUGAUCAGUAGUCAAUCCAUCAGUUAUCAAGGGUUAAAUUGAAGGUGGUUAACCUUCCUGAGAGACACAUGCUUUCUCUUGCUUCUCUCUUCAGGUUGCAUUUUCAAGGCUUACAGUUAGUUUUCUAGUAGAACAGUUGCCAGGUUUAGGACUGUAGCUCACAGAUUUAAAAACAGAUUUACAAAUUGUGAGUGUAUCUGAAGAUAGAUAGGGACAUAGAAAGCUGCCUCAGGCUGUGUACACAUUGCCGUUUAGUCUGGCUCUGGUGUGCUCCCACCUCUGUUUUUCUGAAUUUGCAUACACAUCAUAUUACCCAAGAUGCAGAGCUACCCUGUAGUUUCUUGAGAAAUAGUACUGUUCCACAAACCAGCUUCAAUCCAAAUGGAGAACUCAAGGCCACAUUCACAUCACAGUUAAGCUGAGGUGUGUACAUUUGGGAGUGCCAUUGCACAUGUGCAGAUGACAGCAGAAACUGAACAGGUUAUGUGCCUUGGGUGAAGACACCCCUGCUCUUUCUCUGGUGCGUACAGUCAUGUGUAAAUGUGACUUGAAACACAUUGGGGGAAUCAACCUCUAGAAUGGUUUAAGCCACUAAUGUGUACAUACGACUUUUGCACUGAGUCAGACCAUUGGUCCAUCAAACUCAGUAUUGUCCACAUUGACUUGCAGUGGCUCUCCAGGGUUUCAGACACAGAGAGUUGCAUCCACGCUUCCAUCUGACCCACUGCUUCCCCCAUAGGAAACCUACGGUUUAGCACUGAAUCGGAACCAAUGGCAAUUGGGCCUUCUGCGGAUUGCUGUUUGUUCCGAUUUAGCACUAAAGAGCGAGUCUUCUGGGGGAAGGCAGUGGGCAAAGGAAACAUCACUCCUCACCUAGAAAGCAUGGGACAAGUGGAAAACUGUUAGGACCUGUGUUUUCUAGGCAUGGGAGGGGUAGAAUUGUGGACGAGCCCAGUGUAUUUCUUAGCACUCCCUGGUGAUUCCAGGAAUUGAGGCUAGGAUAUCUGCAUGCAAAGUCACUGACCUUGGUCUCCUUUGACAAAUGUUUCUUCUCUUCCACCACUUAUUCUUGAAAUUCUCCCUCCCUCCCUGUUAGGUUUGUCACCGAUGCUGUUACUGGAGUCACAAUAGUGACAAUAUUGUUCUUCUUCCCAUCGAAAAAGCCAUCCCUUAAAUGGUGGUUUGACUUGAAAGGUAAGUUUCUGGCUUUCGAAACCCUUUGACCCAGUUUCUUCUGCUUUCUGUAGAAUUGACUAAAAACUAGCCUUCAACAAGCACUAGGUACAGGGUCACCAGGUCACCAUUUCCUGAAUGACUCACCCAUAGAGGAGCUUAGAGAACAAUCUUACAAUGAAGAGAGCGGAGAAAUAAGACUCAUCUGCUGGCUGCUGAUGUCCCAGUGGAUCCCAACCAAGCAUUAAAAUACUCAUCCCCUUUUCUUUUUAGAAAAGGGACACAGAUAUUCAUCCUUUUCUGGUGCUGAUUGGGAGAUUCUCUCCCUGCUUAACCAAACACCACCUGCCUCCCAUCUAUACGUUCCUGGUGUUAUCUUUUCUGCCUGUGAAGUGCUUCAUGGUACGAAAUAAACCAGUGUGCUCGCAGACAUCUGGAACAUUGGUACACAGAUGAAGUUAAAAACCUGGAAGAUUAUGUGACUUGCUUGCUGUUCAACAAAAGCACACCAUACGAGGACUUGAGCAAUUGCAAGGAAUAGCUCUAUGAAGGGUUAAGAGAGAAAAGUGGAAGCUAUCUCUUGUUCAGCCUUCAUGUGUUAAUAAGGCCUCUCUUGUGAAAUAGGGUACCUUGCUUUGCAAAAAAAAAUCCUUUUAUGACCUUUUAUGGAUGAGAUCUGGGUUUUCCUUUACCAUACAUCUCACAAUCUUUGAGCUGCGAGUAGAAAAUUAACGUUGCAGUUAACUUAGAUCCAAAGUGCAAAUGAAAGGGGGAGGGGGACUUCCAAAUGUUGCUGGACUACAGCUCCCAUCAUCCCUAACCAUUCCCCUUUGCUGGCUGGGUCUGAUGGGAGUUGGAGUCCCACAACAUCUGGUGGACCACUGCUUCCCCCUCCCUGCCUUAGGCUGCGAUCACAAAGUUUGCUAAUCUCUCUCUGUGUUCACAAACCUCUUUGUCUAGCGCCGAACACAGAGAACCAGCCCUUGCUGACUUGGAGAAAAGCCCAGGAAAGUGUACCAUGGAAUAUAAUCCUAUUGCUUGGAGGAGGUUUUGCCAUGGCAAAAGGAUGUGAGGUAUGCUUGUUAGAAUGCAGCCUGUCAAAAAAAAUAAUAAAUGCACCACUUUCCUUCUUUUCUAAAGGGACUGGGUUGUUGUUGUUUUUUAGGGCACCUGUCACGGACUGGCUGGAUGCAGAGGAGUGGUGGGAGGCACUAGCUGGGGAACCCCCAAGGGAACCCCCGGGGGAAGAAGGCUCAAAGCCAGGGGAUUGUUGGUGGGACAGCAAUGAGUGGUAAGAGGGAGAAGAGGGGGAGAGCAGACUGGGAGGAGGAGGUAAUGGAAGCUGAAAAGGCAACAGGGUUUAGUGAGCAGGAAGGGGCUGUGACAGAGGGCAGUCCAGAAUCUGAAUCUGAAGCAGAGGCUGGAGAGGAGUGGGGUUAGGCUGCUGAAGAAGCCAGGGAGCCUGCCCCUCCUGCUGUGACCAGCUCCCCUCCACCCUAGUCUCCCAGAACACUGAGAGGAAUGAAGAGGGCAGAGCAAAGAGAGAUAAGGCGAAGGAGCCUUAGGUUCCUGGGAAAGGAGCUGGGGGAGGAGUUUUCAAGAGCGGUGGGAGCUACAGUCCUUGCAACUGUCUCCUUGGGGGCAAGACCUGUGCUAUGUUGGUUUCUUUGAAUUAAAGAGUUAACUUCUCUGAAACCAGGUGUUUUAUUGCUGAGCUGCUCCAGACUUUGGCUCCAUGACAGCAUCAUUGCAAUUCAUGAUGCUUGAUUACUGCAGAAUAAGCUACAUGCUACUUUGCAUGCAUGUUUGCAUUCAUGUGUGUGGCUAAUUCGGAGCAUGACCAGCUCUCUUUUUUUAACCAUUCUUACACACAUACACAAUGUUCUGGAAAAUGGCCGCUUACCUGGAAAUCUUGAGAAGUGAUGGUUUGUGGACUCAGCAUGGCUGCAGUGUGGCCCAGAGCCAUUUUACAUCAAUGGUCGUUGAGGGAAUGCUUGCUUCUUCCCACCAUGGCCAUGGGUCAGCUGACCGGGGACCAUUUUCAAAAGAGCCUAUCAGGAGGCUGCCUGGAGUUGAGGUUGUGGCAGCGGUCCUCAACCUAGGGCCAGCUCAGCCCUCUCAUCUGCCAGUUGGUGGGCUGUUUGAUGCCAGAUACAUACCCAAUGCCUUCGCCAAAGUCUACUUAAAAUGUUGUGGCCUACUUCAACCCAAGUGGAGGUUUCUUCCUGUGGUAAAUGUUAGCUUUGGUGUGUGUGUGAGGGGGUGAUUUUAAUCAAGACUAGAGCCAAUCUGUUGCUCCCACCAGCCUGUUUGCACUGCACUGCUAUUGACAGGAGAUCAGAUAAGCCCCACAGACGACUACUGCAUUUAAUGUAAUGUGUAGUGGCCUAAGUGCUAAAGCAAGCAAUACUUUCAGACGUGGUGAGUUGAUUUGCAUGCUCAUUUUCAUAUGCUAAAGUGGCCAAGUAGUGUUUUCACAUUUUGUCACCCUAGGAAACAUUACGAAACCAGGGUUUUCCAGGAUGUGGCCAUAAUCUUAGUAUCCUCGCAAGGCCAAAUUCACCACAUAGCAUGAGGAGAAAGUCAUCUUGUGGUGAAUGUUCAGCUUCAAAAAUGGUCAUGGGAGUUGGCUUUCAUUUGCAGUAGAUUUGUGUUUUAAGAGGACAAAUGCCCCACAGCUCAUACAAGCUGACAAAACUACUGCAGAGGAAGCUCUCUUAUGCUGUGAUAGCUUGACCAUUGGUACCAUACUGCCAGUGCUAAGGAAGAUUUCCCCCUGUAUGGAGCAUAUAUGUGGUAGUUUGGGUAUUAAAAUGGCUCCUGGGGGAGGGUAAAUUUCAACUGCAAGUGAAAUGAUCUGUUCCUGAGUUAUCAUCUCAUGACAAGAGCUGAAAAACACAGGAAAGAAUCAGCCACCAUAGAAUCACUUGUGCAAACUGUGAUUGUUUUUAUAUGUUUGUUUUUAGUAUGUUGUUGUUUUAUUUUUUAAUCAUAUUGUUUUAACAAUGUUGUAUUUGCUGCCCUGGGCUCCUUUAAGAGGAUGGGUGGGCUUUAAAUUUAACAAACACAUAUUUUUUCUACCCUGCUAUAGGAGUCUGGCUUGUCUGUCUGGAUUGGAGGCCAGCUUGAUCCCCUGGAGAACCUCCCUCCUGCUGUUGCUGUUAUUCUCAUUACGGCAGUGAUUGCGUUAUUCACAGAAUUUGCAAGUAACACAGCCACAAUCAUAAUCUUCCUGCCUGUCCUGGCAGAACUGGUAAGGGGCAUAUGCAUACCUUUCAACCAAGGGGUUAAGUUAAAGGUAUGAAUGUGAAUGAAUGUUUAUUAUUACAGCCAAACAACCAAGCAUACUAAGUUAAGGGUAGAGUGGCCAUUGCUGCUAGAGAGAGAGAGAGAGAGAGAGAGAGAGAGAGAGAGAGAGUGGUAAUUUAUAUAUGUUGAUUUAUAUGUAUAGAUGCAGAUUUAGACAUAAUUACUAUAAUGUAAAUAGAAAUUAAUCUCACCAUAGCGGGGAAGAUUUGACCUGGGUGACCAGCAUGCCUGUUCUGUCUGCUAUCCAAGUGCAAAUGGGCUCCUCCUGCUCUUUCUUCUUAUGGUUCUUUGAACUGGACUUGGGCAGCACAGCUCUUCAAAUAAGGGACACCUUUGAGUAGAAGACUCUUUAAAUAACUCUUUAGAUAUAAGGUAUUCCUUAGCAAGUUGAACACAUGGCUCACCCUAAUCUUGGGUGGUAGGAAGAAGGUUGGCCUAUAUCAUCAUCAUCAUCAUCAUCAUCAUUACAUCCCACCCUUCACUCAAAGAUCUCAAGGCGGUGUACAUUUGGUUUCUCUUCUGCAUUCUGUCCCUCAUUAACAACAACUCCAUGUAGAGUAACUAGUGGGACACUCAAAAGUACUUUUCAGCUUUACUUCUGAAAAAUAUUACUAGGCUGACAACUCAAGGCGGACAGCCAGCUUUUGAACCCACAGACUCCACAUGUACUAUUCUCAGUGAACAGCAUGCCCUCUUCUGACCUGCUUAUUCUGCCUGAGGAAACUUCUGGACUCAGCUGAAUAGGAUUUUGUGUUAUGAUUGGGCUUCCUUCCACAAUUCCCCAUAUUCAGAUAGCCAGAAAUAAGACUCCGUGUGCCUAUUUCAAGAAGGCUCUCUCUCUCUCUCUCUCUCUCUGUGUGUGUGUGUGUGAUGGAAAACAAGUCUCCAGUGGCCUGUUUCACACAACACGAUAAACCAAACUUUGGUUUACUGGGACCACACAAACAUGCAACUUGCUGGAGAGGAGCUCACAGCUUUACUCCUCCCUAGCCUGUUAUUACUCCCACACUGCGGACCUUAAGUUGUUCUUGGACACUAGUUCCUAUCAGCCUCAGCUAUCAUCGCCAGUAAUCAGGGAUGAUGGGAGUUGUAGUCCAGCAACAUUGAAAAAGAUGCAGGCUCCUCAUUCCUGGUCCAGCAUGUUCUACCAGGAUCAUCUAGAGCAGGUGUUGGGAAACCUUUGACUUUCCAGAUGAACUGCAACUACCAUCAGCCCCAGCAAUCAUGACUAAUGGGCAGGGUUGAUGGGAGCUGUAGUUUAGCAACAUCUGGAGGGCCAAAGGUUUCCCAUGCCAAAUCUAGUGGAAGCUUUCAGAAGAAACUAUGAUCACACAAAAACUUCUUUGCAGUCUUUUCAAGAAUCUCAUGAGAUGCUUACAGUUCAGCUAAUAAAUCAUAACGCACGCACCCCUUUUGUUUUUUUUAAGGCCAUUCGUCUGAAAGUGCAUCCCCUCUACUUAAUGAUACCAGGAACCAUAGGAUGCUCAUUUGCUUUCAUGCUUCCAGUCUCUACACCCCCAAAUUCAAUUGCCUUUGCUUCUGGGCACUUACUGGUUAAAGAUAUGGUAAGUAAUUUUACAUAGUAAUCACGAUCAAUAGCUUAAUUAUCUAGAGCAGGAGAAGGCCAUGGAGGUGAAGAAAGGGUGUUCAACUCUCUCCCCCUGCCAAACUUCCCCAAAACAGCCCCUCUCAGGACCUGCUAUUGUAUUUCAGGGGAAGCUCCCCUUGGUUCCAAUGGAGGCUUCCCUUGAGAUGCAAACAGCAGCUUCAGUCGGGUUCUGGUUUCCCUUUGGCUGCUAUUUACAUAAUAAAAAGGCAUGUACCUUACUUGCAUUCAUGCAAGUGAUGGCAUGUCUAAUGUGGCAUGCCCUAUCCAACUAUUUGUGCCCAGGAGGAUGGACGUCAUCAAAACAUCAAACUGUUUAUUCUUGCUGCAGUCACAGUAAAUUAUUGUUGGGUCUUCCAGCAGUAAGUUAGCACCAAAUUAUGUCUGGUCAACUGUAGAAGCACACUGGAUGAAACACACAUCUCUGCCACCACUUUCACAAGGUCUUCAUUCCUUUCCAAAAUGUGGGCAGAAUAUUACUAAAUUUUAGGUUUGUUUGUUUUUGAAGGAAUUGCUUAGCUGUGGGUGGGUGGCAUUAGCAAGUUCAGCUGCAUGACAACCAUUUUGAAAGUGGAGCUGAGAGGAACUGAGAAGGGGCAAAUUCUGUCACUUAGUUCGCUAUCCACUUCCUCUCAACUUUGUUUUCAAAAUGGCAGCCAGGCUAACAAUCUCUCAGCUCAAUCUACAGUGAGGGCAAUGUCUUGGAUUCUAAAGAACAGCAGACCAGGGGCUAUGGUCCACCACCUUUCCCCAAAUUUGCUCCUGAAAAACCUUGAAAAAAAAGAACAAAACAAAACCCUGAAUGUUUUGCUGUGAUGAACAUUCAGUGCAGACCUAAGUAGGAGCCUAUUCAGCAGCAAAGCGCCAAUAUUCAUAUGUGUCUAAGACCAAGGGUACUUUCAGAUUGGGGCUUAACACUGUAAAUGGUUAGGUGAGAUAUUGCCAACAGGACCCUGUCAACAGGCUUUGUAAAUAGCUAAACAAAUAACCCAUAAUGGAUUUCACCUGGAAAGAGUAAUUCCAGUUUUUGGGGGGAGGUGGGGUGAGAUUCAGGCUGGCUUUUUGAUGUCAAUGACAUCAUUUGGACACUGCAAUAAACUUACAUCCAUGAGGAGCACCGAUGCCACAAUAAUCACCCACCUGGAAGCACCCAUAGCAGUUUUUCAGUACUACAGAAGAAAUUGGGAAUUAGGUGUGAACGAAAUUUUCAGUUUUUAAGGUUCAGUAAGGUUUGCUCACAAAUGUGAGGGCUGACAAUGGAAAAGUUAAUCCUCGUGUUUGUUGGCAAGCUUCUAUAUUUAUUCUGUUCAAAGAACAUGAUUCCAGCAGAGAACUAACAAGAAAUUGCAGUCUCACCCCUGGCUCCUUGUCACUCUUCAUUUGCUUUCAAGUUUCCAGGGCUUGAGGGUAUGAACUAACCAAAGCCUUGUUUAAAAAGAGGUGGAAAACAGGAAUUUACCAAUUAUUCCAAAUGAAUUUUUUCCAAGCAGAUCACCAGCAGAUAUUGCAGAAGAACUUACAUCUUCUCACUUACUGUCACCUAAAAAGCGUAUUACACUCAUAUUCUCAUUGGUUACAUUUCUGUCCUGUUAUCAGACUUUGAAACAGCAUGGAAUUCCAGCACUAGAAUUUUCUUGACUUCUCUGAUUGGGUAUGAGUUAUUUGUCCAAACAUGCUUAGAACAAUUUCACUGAUGGUUUUCAUUCAGGAAGAGGCCUAGACGAAGGAAGGUUGGAAGAAAUUGCAACAUACUACCUUAGGAGAGAUAGAAUGCACAUUUAUAAUUUAGUUAAACAGUCAAAGACAGGUAGGGAGGAUCUGUCAAAAUCUCCUUUGCAGCUUUACCAGCUUCCCUUUGAAGCAGGCUCUCUUUCUUUAAAGAGGAUGGGAUUUGUAAACCCCAAUGCAUUGUUCUCCAUUAUACAAAACCAUUCACCCAGAAGGCAGGUUUAGCUCUAAUGAAUUUACAGGAGGGUAGAGGCUUGUUCAGGGACACGGGUGGCACUGUGGGUUAAACCACAGAGCCUAGGACUUGCCGAUCAGAAGGUCGGCGGUUCGAAUCCCCGCGAUGGGGUGAGCUCCCGUUGCUCGGUCCCUGCUCCUGCCAACCUAGCAGUUUGAAAGCACGUCAAAGUGCAAGUAGAUAAAUAGGUACCACUCUGGCGGGAAGGUAAACGGCGUUUCCGUGCGCUGCUCUGGUUCACCAGAAGCGGCUUAGUCAUGCUGGCCACAUGACCCGGAAGCUGUAUGCCUGCCCCCUCGGCCAAUAAAGUGAGAUGAGCGCCGCAACCCCAGAGUCAGUCACGACUGGACCUAAUGGUCAGGAGUCCCUUUACCUUUACCUUUAGAGGCUUGUUCAGAGAAACUUCUUGACAGUUCAACAAUGGAACCGAUUACUUAGAAGGCUUGUGAUUCUCUCUUCCCAGAGGGGAGGCUGUCUUUGGACAGCCACUUUGGAAAGCUUUGCGUUUUCUGCAUCACACAGCAAACGGUUGGGCUCUAUGAUGUCGCAGAUCAUCAUGAUCUCUAAAUCUGUUCCACCCCUCGUGGGCUUCUUCCACAGGCAAGGACGGGUCUGCUUAUGAAUCUGAUGGGAGUUUUGUUUCUGAGUCUGGCUAUCAACACUUGGGCCACGAGCAUCUUUCAGCUGGGCAGCUUCCCUGACUGGGCCAACAUCCAUUCAGAAAACACGACCCUGCUGGUGGAUGUGCAGAACGUCACUCUAAACUCAAUGAGUAAAUUAUGA